AUGCAAACAUAUCAGAGAAGGCGGGUUGAACUCGUUGAAUUUACAGUACGUACACCAUCGUCUGGCUACAAACACAUAUUUUCCUUGUAUCGAGACAUGGGAUGGAAUCAGACGACGUUGAAUGGGGUAGCUCCAUACAUGCCUUCAUACAUUCGUACUUACAUGCACACUUGCAUCGCAAUUAAUUUAAAUGUGUGCUUAAAUGAAUGUGCUGGUUAA